AUGCUCUUCACCAAAGCCCUAACCCUCACCGUGACCCUGGGUCUAGGCCUAACAACCAGCGCGCAGGCCGCGGCCGCGCACGCCCCCCGCAGCCACGGCACCAACAGCCGCAACUUCAACCGGCUCGACAAGCGCUUCAGCUUCCCGAUGCCGGCGUCGCAGGGCAGCGAGACGUUCACGGAGACGUACACGGUCGCCGGCAACGAGACGUACGACGGCGGGAUGAAGACGUUUGGGCGCGGCGUGGAGUGCUCCGGGCAGAGCGAGGGCGGGGACUCGGACGCCGUCUUUAUGGUCAAGGAUGGGGGCACCCUGAAGAAUGCGAUUAUCGGCAAGGACCAGACCGAGGGCGUGCAUUGUGAGGGCUCUUGCACGAUUGAGAAUGUUUGGUGGGAGGCUGUUUGUGAGGAUGCUCUUAGUCUCAAGACCGGGGAUGGACCGUUUACUGUUAUUGGGGGAGGUGCGCAGAAUGCCGAUGACAAGGUCAUCCAGCACAACGGCGGCGGCACGGUCAGCAUCAGCGGCUUCACGGCGUACAACUUCGGCAAGCUGUACCGGUCGUGCGGCAACUGCGACGAGAUGUACGAGCGCCAUGUGACGCUCGAGUCGGUGACUGCCGUGUCGGGCUCUGCGUCGCUGGUCGGCAUCAACAGCAACUACGGCGACACGGCCACCAUCAAGAGCGACACCUGCGUGACGGACGUCGACGCCGUCUGCACCGAGUACCAGGGCACGGACAACAAUGACGAGGAGCCCCAGGAGAUCAGCUCCGGUCCUAGCGAUGCGUGUCAGUACAGCGACCCGCUGCCUUCGUGCUAG